GUCUGCUCCCGUCCCCUCCGCCCCCCUUCCUUCUUUGCUCUGCCCCUCCCCCUUUUUGUCUCCUCCCCUUUCCUUCCCUCCUUUCCUCGAUCCCCCCCGGCAAACAAUGUCUGGCUCCGUUGCCUGCCACCUUUGCGGCCAGGAGCUUCGCUCGCAGACCCUGCUCAAGAUGCACCUCACCAAGAAGCACCCCGAUGGGCAGGCCGAGCCGGUAGCCACGCAAACCGACGACAAUCUGGACCCUCGGCUGGCCAAGAUCUUCGAGGACAUCAAGAUCGUCCGGCCCACCUCCGGCGCCACGCACGAGCGCGGCACCGAGGAGGACCGCGAGCGGCAGGCCCGCGCGGAGAAGGCCCUCAGCUUCCUGGAGCGUGUGGAAAACACCCAGCAGAAGGCCCACAACCUGGAGACGGCCUCGCAAAUGGUCGGCGAGGCCACCGACCGGUUCCGCUUCGGCGACUUCCACGACCGGGACCCCUUCGCCGAGAAGGCCUCCAUCGAGCGUCUGGCCGAGGAGCAUUUUGGUGGGAGCGCCGACCUGGAGGUCAUCGACCAGGGUGAUGGCUCGACCCGGAAGGUUGUCACGCACCUGUCCAAGUUGCUGGCGCGCACGCCCCUCCCGAACGCCGAGCAGCCUGCCCCCGAGAAGAAGCCGGCCGCCGAGGUGUCCAAGCCGCCGGCCACGGCCAAGCCUGCCGGCCAGUCGAUCGCCUCAACCAGCAGCCCCUUCAGUUCGGCUGCGGAGAUGACGGCGCCGGUGGUCGGCUCGGCUGGCCCCUCCGGUUCGGCCUCCCCUGGUGCAGCUGCGCCGAGCCCCUUCGGAAGCAAGUCUACUGGCGCCCCGGCGGCCAGCCCCUUCGGCUCCGGUGCCUUCGGUGCCGCCAAGGCCAGUCCCUUUGCAUCGAACUCUGCCUCCGCGGUGUCCAGCCCCUUCGGGUCGAAUUCCGCCGCCGGUGCAAGCCCCUUCGGGUCGAAUUCCGCCGCCGGUGCAAGCCCCUUCGGGUCGGCUUCCACCUCGGGGGCAAGCCCCUUCGGGACCGGCGCUGCCGUGCCCGGUACUGGUCCUUUCAGUUCGGCCGCCGCCUCCGGGGGCAGCCCCUUCGGCGGGAACCACUUCGCCAAGCCAGCUGCCCCCGGCCCGGCCGCCUCUUCGACCAGCACGCCGGCCACAGCACCCAGUCCUUUCGGCUCGAAUGCCGUCGCCCCUGGCACUAGCUCCUCGGGUUUGAGCAACAACACCGGGGCCGGGGCUAGCCCCUUCGGUGGGACGCCCUUCGGCGCGGGUGCCUCAUCCAUGGCCAGCCCCUUCGGUCGGGGCCCCUUCGACACCGGAUCCAAUGACAAGAAGGCGGCCUUCGGCCAGCCGAGCGCUUUCUCCAAUCCGGUGGCGCCUUUCUCGUCGGCCGGGUCGCCCUUUGCCUCGGCCGGGGGCUUUGCCUCUGCCAGCAAGGGGGCCAGUCCCUUUUCCUCGGCCGCGGCGACUGCGGUCGGCUCGGGUGCGGUCAGCUCGGGUGCGGUCAGCUCGCCCUUCGGCGCGACGGCUGUCGUCCCGUCCGCCGGAGCCAGCGCCGCGAAGGUCUUCCCCGGGGCUAUCCGGUCUCCGGAGCUCGAGCACUCCAGUGCCGGGUCCGCCAGUGAGGAGUACUCCGACGAGGACGGCGAUGAUGGGGAUGAGGAUGGCGCUGAUGAGAGCGCCGACAGCGCCGAGGACUACAGCCAGGAUGAGGACGACGAGGACUACAGCCAGGCUGAGGACGACGAGGACUACAGCACGGAGGAUGAGGAGGAUGAGCCUGCUCCGGAGCAGGCUCCCUCCUCCAAGUCCAUCAUCUCGCCGUUUGCCUCGGUGGGCCUGGGUGGCGCUGCUGCUGCUGCUGCUGCUGCUACUGCUGCCAGCACCCCGGGCCCGGUCGCGGGCCAGCCCACUGGCUCGUCCAUUUUCCUGACAAAUACUCCCGGCUCCAAGGCGACCGGCUCUCCGGCCGCCGACACCCCGGCGGCCGGCGCCCCGGGGCCGGCUCAACCUGCCAAUCAGUUUGUCUUCCAGCCGCUGGCCUCCAGCAUUAAGAAGCCGGGCGCUGGUGGUGUCACCCCGGCGCCGGCCCCUCCUGCGGCCGCUCCGAUGCUGAAGAUGGACUCCUUGCAAUUCAAGGGUGUCUCCUUCCUUGCAGCCCCGGCCGACUCGCUGGCGGAGGAUGAUGGGCCGUCCGCCACCCCGGUCGCCGUCGCGCCCGUUCCCGCGCCAGGGAAGCUUCCUCUCCCGACAAUCGCCCUGGGCGCCGGCGCGAGCUCCGCCUCCUCCAAGCCUCUCCUCUUCACAAACAUCUCCGCAACACUGCCGGCUGCUGCUUCGACGACUGCGACCCCCACUCCAGCCGCCGCAGCCAAGGCCUCCGUUGUCACCACCCCGGCUGCCGCGACUCCGGCCGGAGCUAUUGCCAAUCCCAUCAAGGUUGACAACACUGGCACCUGGGCUUGCACCACUUGCCUGUCGCGCAAUGCCGACAAGCUUGACAACUUGUUUUCUGCCCUUCUUCGCAUGCUUUUCCCUCGGCUGGUCCGUCCCCCUGCCGGACUGUGGACACGCGUGGGCUAA